AUGAAGCUCACCAACUCCAACGACGUGCAGGUAUACACCAUAUCUGGUGCAUCUACUGCGAGACCUCUACCUGACUGGCUGGCUCGCCAGAGGAAGCGCAGCUUGAAAAAUGAUCCGGAGUACGCUAACCGAGUCGACCUUCUCCAGGAUUUUGAAUUCGAGGAAUCCAGCGCGUGUGUAAGAGUGAGCGAAGAUGGAGAAUGGGUGAUGAGUACGGGGACAUAUAAGCCGCAGAUCCAUGCUCACUAUCUACCAAAUCUUGCGCUUCAAUUUUCUCGCCAUACAACGACUUUAAAUCAUUCCUUCAUCCUCUUGUCCUCCGAUUAUUCGAAGUCCUUGCAUCUGCAGAUUGACAGAAGGCUCGAAUUUCACACUCCUGGCGGCUGCCACUAUCAGACCCGACUUCCAAGAUAUGGGCGCGACCUCAUAUACGACAGACAUUCGGCGGAGGCCUUGGUACCUGCGGUUGGUGUGAACGCUGAGGGUAGUGGAGAGGUAUACCGUCUAAAUCUUGAGGUUGGAAGAUACAUGAAACCUUACCAGGUGGAUGUAGGCGGUGACGACAUGACCACCUCUGGAGGUGGAGCAUUGCAAGGAGGAAUCCAUGUAGGGAGUGUCAAUGCUGCUGCGAUUGCAGAGGAUAGCCAUAAUCUGCUCGCCUUCGGGACCUCGAUCGGCACGGUGGAAUUUUGGGACCCUAGAUCUAAGGGGAAGGUUGGAAUUCUGGCUGGGCAAGGAGGAGCGGUCACCGCUCUUGACUUCAGUCGGACUGGUGAGUCUCUGGCGACAGGAAACUCAGAAGGUGUGGUCCAACUUUUCGACCUCCGGAAGCCAGUACCACUGCUACGGAAGGACCAAGGAUACGGAUACGCGAUCAAAACCCUCAUGCACAUGACAACAUCGUCCCGAGAGAAGAAGAUCCUUUCGGCCGACAAGCGGAUUAUCAAGCUGUGGGACGAGGCUGAUGGAAAGGCGUGGACUUCGGUUGAGCCAGCAGUCGACAUAAACUCAGUUGCAUGGUGCAAAGAUAGCGGUAUGAUCCUGACGGCCAAUGAAGGCAAACAGCAACACGCAUUCUUCAUUCCCCAACUUGGGCCAGCUCCGAAGUGGUGUAGCUUCUUGGACAACAUGGUCGAGGAGAUGGCAGAAGAAGCCCCGGCUGAGACCUACGAUAACUACAAAUUCUUGACUCUUCCUGAACUGAAGGCAAUCAACCUAGGCCAUCUUGUUGGAACGACAAACUUGUUACGCCCAUACAUGCAUGGAUACUUCAUUCAGUCUCGACUCUACGAGGAGGCUCGACUUAUUGCCAAUCCAUACAUCUUGGAGGAUGAGAGAAACAAAAGAAUCAAGGAGAAAGUCGAGAAAGAGAGAGCUACCAGAAUCAGAGGAAGUAAGAAGGUCAAGGUCAAUCAGAAUUUGGUCGAUAAGCUGCUCAAGAAGCAAGCACGCAGAGAGACGGUUGACGAGAGUAUGGGCGUUCUCGGAGAUAGUCGUUUCGGGAAAUUAUUCGAGGACGAUGAGUUUGCUGUCGAUGAAAGGAGCAGAGAAUUCCAGGCACUCAACCCUAGUACAAAGGUUGGCGCAGCGGCACCCGCGCCUGCUAGUAGCGAUGGCAGUAACAGAGACAGUGAGGAGGAAGAUCACAUCACCACGAAACCCAAGCCCGAGAUGCGUAUAUCCUCGUCUUCGUACAAGAAGUCUGGGCACCAGCGGCGUGACAAAGCUCUUGGCUCUCGGACACAAGGCACCGGUCGCAUUAGUAAGAAUAAGGGUGAUGUUGUUGGUGAGCGUUCCAUCACAUUUGCGCCCGCCGGAAAGAGAUUGAAGGAGGAAGCGGCACCAGCACGCAAUGAGAGACGCGAUAAAGGGAGGAGGUCUGCCAGUGGCAAUGUCUUCAGGAGGUUAUGA